AUGACACCGGCUGAUGGUACGGCCAAGACGUCCCCUCGGCCACGUCCGGCUAGCAUAUUAGCGCACCACUUACGAGAGAAUAAUCAACUACAAGCAGAGGUAGAGAACCUCAAGGGCGAGCUCGAGCGCAAGUCUGGGACGAUAGAUAGGCUCAAGGCCAGUUGCACUAACUCAUCGUGUACUCGAUGUCCGAUACUCCUGCAUCGUGUGAAGGAGCUGGAGGAGCUGGUCAAUGAGAUGAACAAGAUGGCGGGGCAGCAGAUGUCCCAAGGUAGGGACACGGCCAAGAGGACGGGUGACCAUUGA